UGUAAUAUUUUUGAUCAACAUUUUUACAACUUGGUGUAGCAGCCAGUCUUGAACAAUUUAUAAUAAGAAUUUACUUAUGUAACAAAUAUGCGCAGAAUUCUUGUUUUUAAAAGGUGCUUGCUGGUAAUAAUCUUGACUGAGAUUCCUGCUGCAAAGGUCCUUCAGAACCGUCGUUAUUGGUACCACACGCCGCGCCCUCGUGUCAUCGAGGGGGAGACCGAGACAGAUGAUGAGUUGCGAUUCGUCGUCCGCCUCAUGAUAGAAAGCAAGCCCUCCCUGUACAUAGGAUCCUGCACUGGAUUUCUCAUCUCAAGCCAAUGGGUGCUCACUGCAGCGCACUGCCUGCGCCCCAACCUCCAAUUAGUAAUCUGUGGAAACAUGUCCCUGUCGUAUGAAGAUACUACAUGCAAAUCGAACGUUUUGGAUCAAAUUCCUCAUCAAUCAUUUGUACGUUUGCGACGAAACUUUCAACAUGACAUCGGCUUGCUGCAUAUAGAGAAAAUGAAAAUGCAUUAUGCAAGACUUCUAGCGGCAGAUUACAAAUCGCUCGAAGGGAGAGCGGCGAAAUAUGCCGGGUACGGAUUGACAAGUUAUUCCCUUAGAUUGAUGAAAUACAAAGAUUUUGUUGAGCACGACAAACAGCCUCUUCAAAUUGGUGAAGGGGUUAUUUAUUUUGGCGACGAAAAGAAGAUGAUAGGGUUGGGCCGACCGCAGAUCCUGAUGUCGCCGAAAUGUUCGAAGAAGAGACAACACAUGUACACGGGCGACUCGGGCGCGCCGCUGUUUGUGAAGUGGAUGGUCGCCGGCGUGGCCUGCUACCUGUCUCCGACUACAAUUCCCAACAAACAACACCCAGCAUUGUUCGGCUUCACUCCAAUCAGCCCUUAUUUAGACUGGAUACGAGAUACUACGAUUAAUUACGAAUAUGAUCACAAUUUAACUUCAGUGGAACAAUUGUGAUCUGUUUGGCUAUCGGCCUAGUUUCUUACUCGAUGGCUCUGCGAUCCAAACAAAAACUUGGCAUUAGAUAUCAGCAUGUUCCUUGGAGGGCUUCCAGGUCUUCUAAAGCUUCAUCUCUCCAGGGAUAGAUACCUGUAAUCGGUAUUGAUACCGAUAGCUAAUCCGAAGUCAUAACUUUUUGAAAUUGAGGUUAUAAGGUCAGACUGGUCCAGUUGGAUCAGAGGCUGUCCCACACUCUAGGCAUCCUAUAUGAUAGAUAUGAGUAAUAAAUAUUUAUAUAGGUAUGCUAAAAAUAAAUAUUUUUGUAUUAGAAUUUAUAAGGAUACGUUUCAAUAUAAUUAUUUUUUACUGUUUUUGUAAAUAAAAUUUUAA